UGUAUUGUUGACACUAUACUUCUCUAGUUGGAGGGAAAGACACAAACGGGAAAAGUCUGAAGAAAAAACUUGACUAUACUACUAAUAUCUUUCCAAGAUCGUGUUAGUGAGUCAGGUCAGUGUAGUGAAGUUUAAUCCUUAUCAACAUCAACAUGUCUCGUCCGAACGCCGUAUCAAUUGUGCUGAUAACCGCCAUCCUGCUGGUCGCUUUAAUUUCUUCCACGAUUGCAAAACAACACGCAAGCUACACUCGUGCAAGUCUUACUGGCUACAAGUACUGCGCUGCAAGGUCAACCAUCCUGAAACGGUCGCUGACUGGCGAACAGUUCACUUUUCAAGGCGCAAAACAGUUAUGCCAAACCAAGGGUGGUCAUCUUGUCAGUGUGCACGCAAUCUCAAUUGGCUGCGUAUCGGAUCUGAUCCCUUUGGGGCUGACAGUUUGGAUAGAUGAUCUUCUGCCGGGAUCAGGCGGUAAAAUUGCAUAUGUCACGGCCCCGAUUGGUAUUUUAAUCAGUUCCACAAGAAACCGUCAACACGUCGUGUGCGAAAUCCCUUGUCACCGCAGUGCUGGAGACCGGAUUGCUUCCAUAUCAAAAACAGGUUCCGUGACAUGUAUUCCUGGGGAUAAAUUUGAUAGUCUUCAGCCCGUGUGCAGCGAUGGAACGCAUGUUGGGAAAUGUGAUACAGUCAGCACCGCCUCCGUAGUCGCCAAAGGUAAAGAGGGUGGCUCAUUAUUAGGGUUGAACCGAUUAUACAAAUUACCCGAUACAGUCAGCACUGUGGAUCCCAGCACCAGGGGGACCACCGUCUUGGUAGUCACCAAAGAUACAGUCAGCACCGUGGAUCCAAGCACCAGGGGGACCACCGUCUCGGUAGUCACCAAAGCCCCUGCCCGGCCGCGCGCCCACCAGCCCAGGAGUAAAAAUCCGUUUUGUGAACAGGCUCUGAAUGCUGUAGAGCGCUUCUGUAGGGACAUAUACCUUAGAACUUGGAAAGCCGGUGAUAGAUGUCAUCGUGCACGCAAGGGCAGACGUCUCUAUUGCACAUACUGGUAAUAAUGAACACAGGGUUAACGUCGAACUGUGUUAGAUUCGGAGUCGAGCUGCAUUCGGCUGGUGUCGUUUCGUACUCUCCGACUAUGACAAUUUAGAUGGACAAAAAGCAGCAGUAACAAGCGGCAGUUUCACACGACGAUCGUUUCGCUGGUGGUGGUAGUACAUGUAGGCUAGUUGUGUUAUCAUUGCGUAAUUGUAGUUCCCAGGCGCGUGCCCC